UAUAACUAAUCAUAACUUUGGUUGUUUUUGCUUGAAAAAUCAUCCGAUUCCUGCAAAUUAACUCAUACCGGAUGAAACGUCACCUUCAAAAUUACAGGUAACUUCCGGUAAAUAUAAAAUCCGACCGAAAGCGUGGUUACCUUUCAGAAAUAAAAUGCUAAGCGUCGGCAUUUUGCUUCAUGAUCAGCUGAGUUCAUUUUAGAAGAGAAAACCUCCAUGAAAAAAAUGUCUAACGACAUAUUUGAAGCCCCAAAACACUGGCCAGAAGAUGUUGGAAUCCUAGCGAUAGAAAUUUAUUUCCCUAAAACAUACGUUUGUCAAGAGAAAUUGGAGGAAUUUGAUGGUGUUAGUAAAGGCAAGUACACAAUCGGCCUCGGUCAAAAACGCAUGGGUUUUUGUGGAGAUCGCGAAGACAUCAAUUCAUUGGCUCUUACUGUGGUUCAGAAUCUCUUUGAGAGGAAUUCCAUAGAUCCUAAAGAURUAGGGCGACUUGAGGUUGGGACUGAGACUUUGAUUGAUAAAUCGAAGUCGGUGAAGACUGUUUUGAUGCAGCUGUUUGAGGAAUCGGGGAAUAGUGAUGUUGAAGGGAUCGACACCACCAACGCUUGCUAUGGAGGAACUCAAGCUCUUUUUAAUGCUCUAGCUUGGAUUGAGAGCAGUGCUUGGGACGGUCGUCUUGCUGUUGUUGUGGCUGCUGAUAUAGCUGUAUAUGCUGCCGGUAAUGCAAGAAGCUCUGGAGGAGCUGGGUCUGUUGCAAUGCUUGUUGGACCUAAUGCACCCCUUGUUAUUGAAAGAGGUUUGAGAGGUGUUCACAUGCAACAUGUAUAUGAUUUUUACAAACCAAACAUGUCCUCAGAGUAUCCAGUAGUUGACGGCAAGCUGUCUGUGAAAUGCUACUUUAGAGCUGUUGAUCAUUGCUACCAAAGAUAUAAAGAAAAGUUGGCCAAAAAAGAAAGUCAUGAUAGAGUCAAUAUUAAUGCUAUGGAUUAUAUAGCAUUCCAUACACCCUUUUGUAAGAUUGUUCAGAAGUGUGUGGCAAGGAUGGUCUUGGCUGAYUUCCUGGCAGAGCAGGAAUCAGAUGUGGAUGUUAAUGGCUGCUAUAAUGAUUUAUUAAAAUACAGAUGUCUCAGUCUUAGUGAAACAUUGRACCAAGAGACACUGGCCAAAGAGAUAGAACGUGCUUCUGUUAAAGCAAGUCAGAAAAUAUUUGAAGCCAAGGCUUUACCAUCCAUCAAUAUAGCAAGAGAGGUUGGAAAUAUGUACACACCAUCCUUGUAUUCUGGUCUUGUCUCUUUGCUUUAUGGUAUUCCUGCUUCUGACUUAGCUGGCAAACGUAUUGGUAUGUAUUCUUACGGAUCAGGCUUAGCUUCUGCAAUGUUUUCGUUACGGGUUGCCGAAGAUUUUCGUCCAAGUUCGCCUCUUCACCGCCUUCUUGCUUCGGUAGAAGACGUCCCGUCACGCCUCGCGGCGAGAUGCGAAGUCUUACCAGAGGAUUUUGUAAAGACUUUGGAAAUUCGAGAAAAGGCGUAUCAUGCUAGCAGUUAUACACCUGUGGGCUCGUUACAAAAUCUAUUUCCAGGAAGUUUCUACCUGGAAAAUAUCGAUAAAAUGUUCAGAAGAACAUAUUCCAGGAAAUCAAAAGUCGAGUCAUCGAAGUAACUUGGUCUUCAAAACUAUUUAGGAUUCCCAUUAUCGGAUAACGUCGACUGUGUUUGUACUGAGUUGUUGAACUGCCGUUAUGAAUAUUUUUCUUUCAACACCCAAAGAUGACUUCAUAGCAGGCAAUAUGGAGGCUGGGAUCAUACCUUUWGUUUGACUGGUGUCAACAUAUUUUCAUAACAUGAAUGGUUUUUACCGAUCGUUAUAAAAAGGCAGAUCAGACCAGAUCUUUAAUUAGAAACGAUUUACUAUGUAAAAAGAUUAAGAAAAAAUCAAUCAAUCAAUAAAACAACAAAACACAUGAUAUUGACAAAUUAAAAGUCAUACGUUAUUGACGUAUUAAUGUUAUUAAAAAGAGUUGUGAAAAUAUAGACCGAUGCCGAAUAAAAAUAUCCAGUUUAUUUUACAAUGAGAAUGCUGCUGAAUAUAACUUUUGCCCAUAAAAACUGCUAUGCUCGACGCGCUUGCUUCAAGUCUAAAAUCGGCUAUUAUUCUAUGGCAAAGAACUGUUUUAAUAAUGAUAAUAAUAAUAAAUAUUAAACA